GUUACGUUUUUCUGCACCAAACCUGCUCCUACCUCAAGUUAUUACGGUUGGCGAUGAGGAUAAAACCAACUUAUGCUGCAUACUUCGCCCUGGUUGCUGUGGAAUUCAGAAUCAAUUAGAUGGUUCCACUAAUUUCAGAAUCACGAACUGCUUAGGAGCAAUAAACAAAACACUGGCUUUUCCAGUAUUGAACUUGACCUGACAGGGAGAUGUACUGCUGAUGCUACAUUCUUCAUAAUGAAGAUGCAAACAGGAAUACCUGCUUUAGCUGAACUUCCGUCUUUUCUCACAAAGGAUUGCUGAGAAUGCAAAACGUGCCUUUGUAGUGGGAAAGAAAGAUCUGAAAAGAAGAUUUCUUAACUAUGAAUUUAGAAGAAGCCUUUGUUUGAGUCUCGUGAUCUGAAACCCACAGCUAAUUUGCCAUGAUGAGUAAUACGUCUAAUGAUACAAAUUUGUAUUCUGCGACCUCCCCAAACUCAACGAAAUCACCUGCUAACUUUAAACAUUCGUAUAUUCCUGUAUAUGUAAUUGUGCCACUGGCGAUUGUGAUUUCAAUUGGCGCUGUUCUUUAUUUCAGAUUAAGAAAAAGGAAAAAGGACGUUGUCAUUGGGGGAGAGAAGAAGAUUCCAAAUGGUAUUUUAGAAGAACAAGCAGAGCAACAGACAGUGAUGCUACUUACCAGAUCUCCCACAGUUUCAAAGAGGUACCCUCCUAUUCCAGUGGAAGCUUUGGAACAUGAAGUUCAGAAACGCUCAGCCGAUGAGGGCAAACUAUUUCGGGAGGAGUUCAAUUCUCUGCCAAUUGGAACAUUAGUAGGAUGCUGUGAAGCAGCAAAUAGAGAGGAGAACAAGGACAAAAAUCGAUAUCCCAACAUCCUGCCGGAUGACAAUUACAGAGUGACUUUGACAGCUAUAGAUGGGAUGCCAGGCUCAGAUUACAUUAAUGCCUCAUAUGUUGAUGGCUUUAAAGUGAAGAAUAAGUUCAUAGCAGCUCAAGGUUCCAAAGAAGAGACUGUUUCAGAUUUCUGGCGAAUGAUAUGGGAACAGAAGUCUGCUACCAUAGUUAUGUUAACAAAUGUAAAAGAGAAGAAGGAGGAAAAGUGCUAUAAGUACUGGCCUGACCAGGGUAUGUGGACAUAUGGAGCAAUUCGGGUAUCAGUGGAAGAUGUCACAGUUCUGGUGGAUUACACCAUACGCAAAUUCACCAUACAGAAUCAAAGAACGGGCAACAAAUCUCCAAGACUAGUGACACAGCUUCACUUCACAAGCUGGCCUGAUUUUGGCGUGCCGUUUGCACCUAUUGGCAUGCUCAAAUUUCUGAAGAAGGUGAAAGCAGUGAAUCCUUCCCAUUCAGGACCUAUUGUGGUUCAUUGCAGUGCUGGUGUAGGUAGAACUGGAACAUUCAUAGUUAUCGAUGCUAUGAUAGAUAUGAUGUAUGCAGAGCAGAAAGUGGAUGUCUUUGGUUUUGUGUCAAGAAUUCGUGGUCAGCGUUCACAGCUAGUUCAAACUGAUAUGCAGUACUCCUUCAUUUAUCAAGCUCUGCUUGAACAUUACUUAUAUGGUGACACGGAGCUGGAUGUGAGCUCUUUGGAGAAGCAUGUACAGAAGCUUCACAGUAAAACAGGACAGUUUGAUAUCACAGGCUUAGAAGAAGAGUUUAAUAAAUUAAUUACAGUGCGAAUAAGGAAGGAGAAUAUGCGAACAGGGAAUAAGCCGGUAAACAUGAAAAAAGCCAGAGUCCUUCAGAUUAUUCCCUAUGAUUUCAACAGAGUCGUACUGCCCAGAAAAAGGGGGCAAGAGUUCUCAGAUUAUAUCAAUGCUUCAUACAUAGAUGGCUAUCGGCAGAAGGAUUAUUUUGUUGCUACUCAAGGCCCCCUCCAUCAUACAGUGGAGGAUUUUUGGAGAAUGGUUUGGGAUUGCAAGUCUCACACCAUUGUGAUGCUCACAGAACUCAGAGAAAGAGAACAGGAAAAGUGUUCACAGUAUUGGUCAUCAGAGGGCUCUGUAACGCAUGGAGCCUACACAAUAGAAAUGAAGAAUGACCAUAUUUCUGAUGCUUUCAGUGUCAGAGACCUCACCAUCACAAACACCACAGAAAACAAGAGCAGGACAGUUCGACAGUUCCAUUUUCAUGGCUGGCCUGAGAUCGGCAUUCCAGUGGAAGGAAAAGGGAUGAUAGACCUGAUCGCGGCAGUCCAGAGGCAGCAACAACAGUCCGGCAAUCAUCCAAUCAUAGUGCAUUGCAGUGCUGGUGCUGGUAGGACAGGUACAUUUAUUGCAUUGAGUAACAUUCUGGAGCGAGUGAAAGCUGAAGGUCUUCUAGACGUUUUCCAGACUGUCAAGAGCUUACGAAUGCAACGGCCACACAUGGUGCAAACAUUGGAGCAGUACGAUUUCUGUUACAAGGUGGUACAAGAUUUUCUAGACAUACACUCCGAUUAUGCCAACUUCAAAUAAGUGUUUGCCUUACAGAUUUUUAUUUUACCUUUUCAAUUGUUAGCUGACAGGCCAGUAAAGCAUCUUUUGUACAUUAAAUUAUCAAGAAUUUAUUUUGUAUUUUGCUAUGCACUUGUUGUCUAGAAGAAUAUUACUAAUACGUUGAAGGCCUUUCUUUUAUUGUCUUGUGACCGUGCUUUUGAGAACUUAGGUUACAGUAAUUGAGGAGUCAUGCAUCUGUUAGGAGUCAUUCAAUAUUUUUAACUGAAUGAGGUAAAUGGAGUACAUUUACCAUCUGUCACACUCCUAAAAGAGCAUUAUUUAAAAAUAAAUCUUUUAUACGUCACUAUCAGUUACAUUUUAUUUUGAACCUUGAAUGUACAGAGGAUUGAAUUAGAUCUACUGAAAAAAAAUUAUUUGCUUUGUGAAAAUACCAACUAUGUUUGACCCCCUCAAAGUGUUACAAAAUGUGAAUUUAUACUGUGCAUUGGAGUUUGCAUUAUUUUCAAAAGGUUGGGUGUAAUGCAUAUAUAAUAGAUAUAUUUUUAUAUGAAAAGUUUACAGUGUUAUAAUGUUAGUUGCAUAUCAUGCGUUUUGACAUUGUGUUUGCUAACCUAAAAUAUUUGUUCUUAAACAUGUUUAAUGACAAUACACUGUUGUCCAGAAGUUAUUCUUUUUAUCUAUUUAUUUUAUAAAUUACCCUAUAAAAAGAACCUGGGCUGGUGUUGCAUCAAGACCGGACCCCCUCCUCCCUGCAAUGGUGACCCCUACGUCCCAUUGCUGUCGGCCAGGACAGCCCAACAUUAGCCAGCCUAAAUCUGGUGAGGUGCAUCAGGACACCCAAUUUGCAUCUCAUUGAAGUGAUAUAAAUGAGGCUAGGGUCUCUAAAUCAUGACGCUCUCUACAACACAGAACAUGCAACUGGUCAGCCGACCACUAAUCAGUGGCCCAAAAUUCAAAGUCCAUUUUCUGGCCAUUCUACACGCCUACACAUGGCGGGUGAAAUUUGUUCACAUAACUCCACUUCUAACAGUGUAGCAUGGACUAUGUUGAUUCCCUGAGGCAGACAGUGCUAUAGGCCUGCACAGCCCACAAGGUGUUCCUCAAUGAUUUCAAUGAAGAAAGCUGCUUGGAGUACAUGGGCAGUGACACACAAUGUUGUCUGCCAAUGGACAAUCAAUGUAAUUCUGUAUGGCAUGCUACAUGAUCAAAUUUCUACCCUAGAGAACUUAGGGCAUGUUUUAAAUAAAUACAAAACUCUCUA